CCGAAGGCGCCGCCGCCGCCGCCGCCGGGCCCAGCGAGUCCAGCCGGGCCGAGCUCCGCGCGCGCGGCCGCGGGUCCAGCCGCCGACCAUGGCCACCAAGGCGCGGGUCUUGUAUGAUUUUGCUGCUGAACCUGGAAAUAAUGAACUGACAGUUAACGAAGGAGAAAUCAUCACAAUUACCAAUUCGGACAUCGGCGGAGGAUGGCUGGAAGGCAAGAACAGCAGAGGAGAGCGAGGGCUGGUCCCCACGGACUAUGUGGAAAUUUUGCCCAGUGAUGGGAAGGAUCAGUUUUCUUGUGGAAACUCAGUGGCUGACCAAGCCUUCCUUGAUUCCCUCUCAGCCAGCACAGCUCAGACCAGCUCGGCCGCUGCCAACAGUAAUAACCAGCAGGUCGGCGGCGGCAACGACGUCUGGUCGGCCUGGAACACCAAGGCGGGGAACUGGGACAGCACGGACAGCUGGGGGGCCAAGCCCGAGGGCCAGAGGAGCACUGCCAAUAACUGGGACACCGCCUUCGGGCACCCCCAGGCCUACCAAGGACCAGCAACCGGGGACGACGAUGACUGGGACGAAGACUGGGAUGACCCCAAGUCGUCCUCCCCCUACUUCAAGGACACGGAGUCUGCGGAUGCAGGGGGCGCCCAGCGGGGAAACAGCCGGCCCGGUGGUGCCUCCAUGAAGCUGCCCCUGAACAAAUUUCCCGGAUUUGCAAAGCCUGGCACGGAACAGUAUUUAUUGGCCAAGCAACUCGCGAAACCCAAAGAGAAAAUUUCCAUCAUUGUCGGAGACUACGGCCCCAUGUGGGUCUACCCUACCUCGACAUUCGACUGUGUGGUGGCGGACCCCAAGAAGGGCUCCAAGAUGUACGGGCUGAAGAGCUACAUCGAGUACCAGCUCACGCCGACCAACACCAACCGCUCCGUCAACCACAGGUACAAGCACUUCGACUGGCUCUACGAGCGGCUCCUGGUGAAGUUCGGCUCGGCCAUUCCCAUCCCGUCUCUUCCCGACAAGCAGGUCACGGGUCGCUUCGAGGAGGAGUUUAUCAAGAUGCGGAUGGAGCGGCUGCAGGCCUGGAUGACCAGGAUGUGUCGCCACCCGGUCAUCUCCGAGAGCGAGGUGUUCCAGCAGUUCCUCAACUUCCGGGACGAGAAGGAGUGGAAGACGGGCAAGCGGAAGGCUGAGAAGGACGAGCUGGUGGGCGUCAUGGUCUUCUCGACCAUGGAACCAGAGGCGCCGGACUUGGACUUGAUCGAAAUAGAGCAGAAGUGCGACGCUGUGGGCAAGUUCACCAAGGCCAUGGACGACGGCGUGAAGGAGCUGCUGACCGUGGGCCAGGAGCACUGGAAGCGCUGCACAGGGCCCUUGCCCAAGGAGUACCAGAAGAUCGGGAAGGCCCUGCAGAGCCUGGCCGCCGUGUUCAGCACCAGCGGUUACCAAGGUGAGACAGACCUCAACGACGCGCUCACUGAGGCGGGGAAGACCUACGAGGAGAUCGCGACCCUGGUGGCGGAGCAGCCCAAGAAAGAUCUGCACUUCCUGAUGGAGUGUAACCACGAGUACAAGGGCUUCCUCGGCUGCUUCCCGGACAUCAUCGGCACUCACAAGGGAGCAAUCGAGAAGGUGAAGGAAAGUGAUAAGCUGGUGGCCACGAGUAAGAUCACCCCGCAGGAGAAGCAGCACAUGGUGAAGCGCGUGGGCACCAUGUCCUACGCACUGCAGGCCGAGAUGAACCACUUCCACAGCAACCGAAUCUACGACUACAACAGCGUCAUCCGCCUCUACCUGGAGCAGCAGGUGCACUUCUACGAGACGAUCGCGGAGAAGCUGAGGCAGGCCCUCGGCCGCUUCCCGGUGAUGUAAGGGGGAGGCCAGAGGGCGCCCUCGGACCCGGGGCCACUCAGCCCGUCUCCAUGAAGAACAGCAGAGCCGCCCGCGGGGAUGGCCCACAUCUGCCUCUGCUCUCGGGGCCUCAGCGCGGACAGAGGAGGGAGGUCGGUCUGUUCCCGUCUGUCGUCGGAGCCAACAGAAACGGUCUAUUUUUGGAAAGUCCUUCACAUGACCCAAAUUCUGCGUGGAAAAUUAGGGGUUCCCCCCACUGAUAUUUUACAUAAAUCGGUAAUUUAUACGUUACCCCCGAUCUCCCAGUUCUUACCCAAUGUCAGAUAGUUACUAAUUGCUUUGUUAAAGGUAUGAACUCUCCCAGCAUAAGCAACUGCGUAUGUUUGUAUAUUUUUAUAACUUCUGCAGCCCGUUGGGCUGCCUGUUGGCCAGGAGCGCCUGCCCGCCCGGCCCUGGCACAUCUCUGACACAAGUGCUUACAGACGUCUGGGGCCCAGGAACCGGGGGCCUCCGGCGUGCACCCCGAGCUGAGAUGCGGUGACCAGGUCUCCGGGCCCAUAACCUGGGGUUAACUCUGUCACCCUGCUUGGUGCCUGAGGAAGAUGAAGCCCCUCAGGAUUGUGGCCUCUCCCGGGCACCCAGACGCCCCUGCGCCUCCCCUGUUCCCUGGUCUUGGGCACCCACACUCUCUCAGCACUCGGACCCGGGAACCGCACAAGGGCGUGAUGCCAGUGCCCCGGGUUUGCAGGGUGCUGGGCAGUCCUCGCUCACCCUGGGGCUGCCCCUCCUGUCCUCGCUCAGUGGGCAGCUCUGGGCAGCUGUGUGGGGCCGCCUGACUGGGCAGGGCCCAGCUGUUCUUGAAGGCAGAGCGCAGCAGCGAGUACCUCGGUGAGUGCCUCAGGAGUACUCUAGUGAGUACCUCGGUGAGUGCCUCAGUGAGUACCGCAGUAUCUCUGUGAGUGCCUCCGUGAGUACCUUAGUACCUCAGUGAGUGCUUCAGUGAGUACCUUAGUGAGUGCCUCAGUGCCUCCGUGAGUACGUCAGUGAGUUCCUCAGUGAGCGCCCCAGCAAGUGCCUCAAUGAGUACUUUUUUGAGUGCCUCUAGGAGUGCUUCAGUAAGUACCUCAGAGAGAGCUUCAACGAGUUCUUCAGUACUUGAGGGAGUACUUCUGGGAGUGGCACAAAGCGAAAGCGAGUCCUGACCUGCCCUGUCAGCUUUGCAGCGGCCCCCACAGACCGCGUCGGCCCGUCUCCCUCCCUCCUCCGCAGCGGCCUUAAACUCCUCUCACUGCUUGCCACCGAAGAACUACAUUCUAGAAACUGGGAAGUUUGGGCCAGCACCAAUAAAAUGAAACCAAAAAAAAACAGGAAAUCAAAUGAAAAUGAGAACAUCCUGUUCUUCACUCUCACGGGUUUUUGUUAAUGUUUUAUAAGUAAUUUUCCCUACUUGAUUUUUCUUUUAUAAAAAUCUCAUAGAAAGUGUUUAUGAUACAGCCAUUUAAUAUAUGUACAAAUUGUAAAGAAUAUGUAUAAAUGUUUUACACAAAUAUAAGCAUGGAGAAGCCAACAUAUAAAUAAAUUGUUUAAAAAAAAACUGUACAGUAAAUUCUCAAAGCACUUUUUCAAAACA